UCGCAAAAAAUACGCACGUUCUGAGUCAAAUCAAUACGAAAUCAACAAAAAUCGAUCGAUUUUUGCGAUACCCGCAAGACAGAACGCGCCACAAAUUGAUAUUUAUUUGCCAACAACAUAAAUAGUGUACAGCACACGCAUUGCUCGCGCUCUCCGCACAUAAAAUUGCUGUGGAAAAUUUUUGCAUUUCUGUCGUUUGCGACAGAAAAAAAUUUGCGCGUCGCAAGAGUCUCGCGUGCGUCUGUGUCUGUCUCUCUUUGCGUGUGUGUGAGUGUGUGCGUGUGUACUUAUAUGUGUGUGCUUUGCGUCCGCGUGCAUCUCACAGCCUACAUUGUCAAUUAUAACGAAAAGCAUUGUGAUUAUCACCCUAUUCCUAAUCCCCACAGUCAGUAGCCAGCCACAGAACAAAACAAAAUGUCCACCAGCAGCAGCAGCCGCAUCGCCAUUGAGCAGAAUAAUAAAUGCGUCAACAGCGUCGCCGCGGCCCUCUGCCCGCUCAGCAACUGCCAAUUCUCGGGCGUUGUAAUAAGCGCAAUUUCCGACGAGCAGAAGCUUGAAUUUAACAGCAUAUACAAGAGUAGCUGUACGUUAAGCUGCAGCUAUGAUUCCCAAGGCGUGUUGCUGCGCAUUAUGCUGGACAACGAUCAGGGUCAUGUGCUGAAAGAGUACAUGAUAUCAGCAGACACUGAUGCGGCACAGCUGGGCCGGCGCUGCUAUGCUGUCUCACUGGAAUCGGACAAUCUCGUGCUGCGCUUUGGCAGCGAUAAGGAUCAACAGCUCUUCCGCAAGGUUGUAGAGAAUGUGAAGCAUCUGCGACCAAAGUCUGUGUUCUCGCAGCGCACCGAAGAGUCGUCCGCAUCGCAGUACUUCCAAUUCUAUGGCUACCUCAGUCAGCAGCAAAACAUGAUGCAAGACUAUGUCAGAACGAGCACUUAUCAGCGGGCCAUCUUAGGCAACUCCAUUGAUUUUCAGGAUAAAAUUGUGCUGGACGUAGGUGCUGGUUCGGGAAUACUGUCUUUCUUUGCCGUGCAGGCUGGCGCUGCCAAGGUGUACGCCAUUGAGGCGUCUAAUAUGGCUCAAUAUGCACAGCAGCUGGUUGAGUCAAAUAAUGUGCAGCAUAAGAUCUCAGUGAUACCCGGAAAGAUUGAGGAAAUUGAGCUGCCCGAAAAGGUGGAUGUUAUCAUAUCCGAGCCCAUGGGCUAUAUGCUGUACAACGAGCGCAUGCUGGAAACGUAUCUGCACGCGCGUAAAUGGCUGAAGCCGCAUGGCAAAAUGUAUCCCACUCAUGGAGAUCUGCACAUUGCGCCGUUUUCGGAUGAGUCGCUCUACUCUGAGCAGUACAACAAGGCCAACUUUUGGUAUCAAUCGGCCUUUCAUGGCGUCGAUCUGACUACCCUGCACAAGGAGGGCAUGAAGGAGUACUUCCGUCAACCGAUUGUGGACACCUUUGAUAUACGCAUUUGCAUGGCUAAGUCGGUGCGGCAUGUGUGUGACUUCCUUAACGACAAGGAAGAUGACUUACAUGUCAUUGACAUUCCGCUCGAAUUUCACAUAUUGCAGACUGGCAUCUGCCACGGUCUGGCUUUUUGGUUUGAUGUAGAGUUCAGUGGUAGCAGCCAGAAUGUUUGGCUGUCCACUUCACCGACAGCGCCACUGACGCACUGGUAUCAGGUGCGCUGUCUGCUUCCCAUGCCGAUUUUCAUCAAACAAGGGCAGACGUUGACGGGCCGUGUGCUGCUGGAAGCCAAUCGGCGGCAGUCAUAUGAUGUGACCAUAGAUCUGCACAUCGAGGGCACAUUGAUAUCAUCCAGCAAUACACUCGAUCUGAAGAAUCCGUAUUUUCGGUACACGGGGGCGCCGGUCCAAGCACCGCCGGGGACUAAUACGCAGAGUCCAUCGGAACAGUACUGGACGCAGAUGGACACGCAGGGCAAUCGAAAUUCUAAUAGCAUGCUAAAUGGCGCCCUGACUGUUAAUGGUAUGGGGGAUGGAGGCAUGGACAUUACCCAUGGACUCAUGCAUCCGCACUAGGAACAAGCGAUAAAAUUUGUUGAAGAAGGCAAAUACUACAACUUGCUGGCGCAAUCUAUUUGGCUAAAGAUAUGAAUUGAAACUAAAUUAGCACAAUUAUCCAUUAGUUUUUGUUUUACGCUUCUUUUGUUAUUUAAUUCUGUCCAAAGUU